GUGAAAGGAGAAUGAACAUGUGUGUUGGUUGGUGUACUAUGAAACACCGUUUGGUUGAAGCAGCCUUGGUCUUGGUCUUGACUCUUGUCCGAAAACAAAGAGAGAAGAUUCAAACCGAGUACGCGUUGCUUUAUGGUUGCAUCAUGAUCAUGCUCACGACGUGGACAUUCAUCUGAUAAAACCAACGCAACCACACAACACAACCCCAUCUUCACGCUUAUUCUGCACAACUUUUAUAAACUCAUCUUUGUUUUUUCUUCUUCUUUACUCGUUUCAUCCACCUUCUGAGGUUACCAUUGGAAGCAAGUGACACCAUUUGACAUUUGAAGCUCCUUAUACUUCAUUUAGCUAUGACUUGUUUUCCUUUACUUUUCAGUAAGUCAUCUUCUUCAGCAAGAAAAGAUCCAGAAAUUGAUGAAGGCAUUCAUAAUGUUAAACUAUACUCCUACAAAGAAUUAAGAAAUGCCACUGAUGACUUCAGUCAAGCCAAUAAAAUCGGAGAGGGUGGUUUUGGUUCUGUCUACAAGGGACGACUUAAAGACGGAAAAGUUGCUGCAAUAAAAGUUCUUGCAGCAGAAUCAAGACAAGGAGUGAAGGAGUUCUUGACAGAGAUUAAUGUAAUCUCAGAGAUAGAGCAUGAAAAUUUGGUCAAGCUAUAUGGUUGCAGUGUGGACAAAAAUAGCAGAAUAUUAGUCUACAAUUACCUUGAGAAUAAUAGUCUGUCACAAACUCUUCUAGGUGGAAGUCACAGUAAAAUGUACUUUGAUUGGCGAACAAGAUGCAAAAUAAGCGUUGGUAUUGCUCGUGGACUGGCCUAUCUUCAUGAAGAAGUAAGGCCUCAUAUUGUUCACAGGGAUAUAAAAGCAAGCAACAUCCUACUUGAUAAAGAUCUUACACCCAAAAUUUCAGAUUUUGGUCUUGCAAAGCUUAUUCCAGCAAACAUGACUCAUGUCAGCACUCGAGUAGCAGGAACAAUAGGUUAUUUGGCACCCGAGUAUGCAAUAGGGGGGAAGCUAACACGGAAAGCAGAUGUUUACAGCUUUGGUGUCCUCCUUGUGGAAAUAAUAAGUGGAAGAUGUAACACAAACACGCGAUUACCAGUAGAAGAACAAUUUCUUCUAGAGAGGACUUGGGAACUUUAUGAGAGAAAGGAAUUGGUGGGACUGGUAGAUACAUCGCUGGACGGGGAAUUCGAUGCCGAGCAGGCUUGUAAGUUUAUGAAGAUUGGUCUUCUUUGCACCCAGGAAUCACCUAAGCUCCGGCCAUCCAUGUCUUCUGUGGUGAAGAUGCUCACUGGAAAUAUGGAUGUUGAUGACAGUAAGAUAACAAAACCUGCCUUAAUUUCUGAUUUCAUGGACCUCAAAGUAAGAAGUAACAAAGAAAGUAGUAGUUAUGUGAAGAAUUCAUCUACCUACAAUACAUCCUCUUCUUCGGACAACCAUGACACUACCAUGUCAUCUGUCACAACUACAACUUUUGCUGCAGUAUAUGAUGAAACCAUGUGAACAUCAACACAUGGUGAUUUGUUUUAGUAUAAAGAAUUAAUUUGAUUUGCUUAGACUUGUAUCUGAUGUAAAUUUUGCAACUUUUUUUCAUACUUUUUUGAGUGAUUUUUUUGUCUUCGAUGUAAUCCUACAUGACUAGGGAGUUGCUAUGUGCUGUUCUGUAAAUAUGAUGAGGGCUUGUGUUCAAUGAUAAAUUUGAAGAUCUUUUGGUUUUCUAUGUGUCC